GGCAUUUGAAAGGGAUGUUCUUGCUGAUUCGAGACAACAUAGUUCUGUCCAGAACUCUACACUGGGGAUAAGGACAUGGGACUCCUCCUGCCAGAUUCCAGAUGGUUCAUUACAACUGACAUCUUGGUUGACAACUGUGAAAAGGAACUUUGGAUUAUUUUAUCGUAUUUUUGUGGGAGACCACAAUCCCCAAACUGUAGGACAUAUCAGGUUCCAUAUUUCUUGUAGAAUUUUAAAAUAACCUUUUCUAAUGAGGAUGUCUGAUAUUCUUACUGUAAAAGAUGAAACUGGUGCAAUGAAGGGUUCAGAAGCUGAAUUUAAAGAUACAGACGCAGUUGAAAACCUUAUAAAAUCAGGAAGUCAGGAGCAGAUUCAAGCAGAAAAGGAUGAAAAUUGUCCUGAUAGCAAAAACAAUAUGCCGCGGCCAGUGCAGUCUUUUGGACAGACAGCAAAAAGGUCGAAGUCAAACACAAAGUUAAAGUUAGUUCGGAGCCUUGCUGUAUGUGAAGAAUAUCCACCACCUCCCACAGCUGAAAUAUCACAGGACUUCCAGGAGAAAAUUCAGAUCCAGUUGUCACAGUCUUUCGAAAAAGAAGAAAAACCUGCAAAAGAUGAAACAGAAAAGGAAAAAUCCAGUGAUAAACUGUCCAGAAAAAUGUUAUCAAGAGAUUCCAGCCAAGAAUACACAGAUUCCACUGGUAUAGAUCUUCAUGAAUUUUUAGUAAAUACAUUAAAAAACAAUCCCAGGGACAGAAUGACGCUGCUGAAAUUAGAACAGGAAAUUUUAGAUUUCAUUGGUAAUAAUGAAGUUCCAAGAAAAAAGUUUCCCCCAAUGACAUCUUACCAUAGAAUGCUGUUGCACAGGGUAGCUGCUUACUUUGGAUUAGAGCACAAUGUGGACCAGAGUGGGAAGGCAGUCAUAGUAAAUAAAACUAGCAAUACAAGAAUACCUGACCAAAAGUUUUGUGAGCAUAUAAAGGAUGAGAAGAGCGAUGAUUUCCAGAAGCGGUAUAUCCUUAAAAGAGAUAACUCUAGUUUAGACAAAGAUGACAACCAGAUGAGAAUACGAUUAAAAGAUGACAGAAGAAGUAAAUCCAUAGAAGAACGUGAAGAAGAAUAUCAGAGAGCUAGAGAAAGAAUAUUUGCACAAGAUUCCCUGUGUUCCCAAGAGAAUUAUUUCACUGAUAAAAGAAUCCAGGAAGAAGAAACUAAUAGUACACAACAAAGACGACAGAUACUUAGAAUCAAUAAGGAAGCAUCAGGGAGGUCAGCCAACAGCCAUCAGAGCAGUACUGAGACGGAGCUGAAGUAUUGUGAACCCCGUCCCUGGAGCAGCACGGACUCUGACAGCUCCCUCCGCAACCUGAAGCCAGCAGUGACCAAAGCCAGCAGCUUCAGCGGGAUAUCCGUGCUGACGAGAGGAGACAGCUCUGGAAGCAGCAAAAGCACAGGCAGGCUGUCCAAAACAGGUUCAGAGUCUUCUAGUAGUGUAGGGUCAUCCACGGGUUCUCUUUCUCACACCCAGCAGCCUCUUCCAGUGCCAGCUCUAAGCCAGCCCUCUCACGGCACGCCGGCCGCCUACCCCACCGCCAGCUCUAGUAACUCUCUUUCCUUUGAUGGUGGCAUAAGCGGGCAAGUGGCACCUCCUAGCACUAGCUUCUUUUUGCUUCCCUUGGAAGCGGCAGGCAUACCGCCUGGCAGCGUGCUGAUCAACCCGCAAACAGGUCAGCCGUUCCUCAACCCAGAUGGCACUCCAGUCGUGUACAACCCUCCCAUGCCUCAGCAACCUGGUAGGACCCAAGUGCCUGGACCCGCACAACAGCCGCCUCUUCCCGCGCCGCCUCCACCGCCGCCAGCAGCGAAUCACGUCCUCUCACAGCCUAUGCGGCCUCUGCAGCCUUCUUCCCAGCCUGUUCAGUACUCUGCAGUCUCUUAUCCACCCCCGCUCCUGCCAGUCUCCUCUACACAGCAAUAUUCUGUGCAAGACAACCUAGGAUCGCAGUUUAGCCAUAUGAGUCUUGCCCGCCAGCCACCCGCAGAUCCAGCCGAAGCUCCCAGUGCUCUGUUCCAGUCCACUGUGGUCCUGCAGCCCCCACAGCAGCCGGGUUACAUCAUCACAGCUGCUCCAGCUGCGCCCUCGGGCCAGCCCGUGUCUGCUCCAGGCUACUCCACAUCUGGCCACCCUGUCAACCAGCAAGUACUCCAGCAGCAGGGAUAUAUGCAGCAACCUGUACCACAGAUGCCAGCUUGUUAUUGUGCCCCCAACCAGUAUCCGCACUCCAGUCCCCAAUACCGCCCUGUUUCUGUCCAUUACAACACCCAGCAAACGCAGCCGUUGGCACAGCCCGGACAGCAGACAGAGUAUUUCUGUGUAAUGAGCCAAUCUGCUACAGCAGGUGUGGGUUUUCUGCUGAGUGCUGCAUUUCUCUCAGACCACUCUCUAUGCAGAGGUUACCAGGUUUUGCCAAACCAACAGCAAAACUACCAAGGUUUAGUUGGAGUUCAGCAGCCUCAGAAUCAAAAUCUAGUCAGUGGCCAACACAACAACAUUGGGAAUCAAAUUCAAGGUGUGAUUGUUCCAUAUCCUUCAGUGCCAUCUUAUCAGGUUUCGGUGCCUCAAGGUUCCCAAGCAGUGCCCCAGCAGACGUAUCAACAGCCUGUGAUAAUUCCUGGCCAGUCAAAUCAAGGGUUGCCCACAACAGGAAUGCCGGUUUAUUACAGUGUCAUUCCGUCAGGUCAGCAGAAUAAUUUAAGUUCAUCAGUAGGAUAUUUGCAGCCUCCUGGAUCGGAGCAGAUACAGUUUCCUAGAACAUCAUCACCAUGCAACUCACAGCAGCUUCAAGGACAGCAGUGUGCAGUUUAUAGCAACCAUUCAAGUCAGAAGCCAUCACCUCCUACAUUAUUGCCACCUUCAUCAAAGUCAAAGCCCCAACAGGCUGCGUCCAUUGUGCACUACAGCAUAGUGUCUCCACCCUCAUCAUCUAAAAGUUUGUCCACUGGUCUUUCCAUCAUGCAGCCAAUAAAAGCAGUAGCACCACCACCAGGUGGAGGAGUAGUGAUGAUGCAGCUAAAUAUACCCAACAGUCCUCAGCCCCGGAACCAUUCACCGCCACAAUGGAAACAGAAUAAAUAUUACUGUGAUCAUCAAAGGGGGCAGAAGUCCACAGAACUUAGCACUUUAGACAGUGCUGCACAGUUGCAGCAUAGUCCUCAACUAGGUAGUCCUGUCGCCUCACCAGCCCCAUCACCAGCACCAGCUCAGCUAUCAAACAUGAAGAACAUCCGUCCCACGUUAACACCUCUUUCCAUUGUGUCCCAGUUUUCUAGACCUUUUGUCCCCGGACAAGGAGAUGCCAGAUACCCAUUGCUUGGCCAACCCCUGCAAUACAAUCCACCAUCUUUGUUACGUGGACAAGUAACAAGCCAACAGUGUCAGCCUGGAAACAGACAUGGCAACAGGGGGAAGAAGCCAGCAAAGAAGGCUGCGUCAGCAGAUCUCUGUGCAGGAGAACCAGCUGUGGGAAAAGUUCUAGAAAUUACUGAACUGCCAGAAGGCAUAACUCGUACGGAAGCAGAAAAACUCUUUGGAGAACUUUUAAAAGUCGGUGCCAAGAUUCGGUGGCUAAGGGAUUCCCAGUGUCUACAGACACAGCAGCAGCACCAUCGUCGGUACUGUGGCAGCGGCGACAGUAGCGUGAACACUGAGCCACCCAAACCUAGUGACUUGGCUUCCACUUACACGGUUCUAGCUACGUUCCCUACAAUGUCAGCUGCUCAGAAUGCAUUGAAGAAACAAAGCAGUACCUCAGUGAACAAGUUCAGGCUGAGAACAAGCAAGAAGCACUACGACUUUCAUGUUCUGGAAAGGGCUAGUUCUCAGUAGCAGUUACAGCAGUGGACGCUCAGCCUUUACUACUUCCAUGUCCUCCUGUCCUUGAUUGGCUUGAUGUUAGGGGGUUUCUGUUCUCUUCAUAGAGACUCCUGGGAUGUUCUGUCAUAUGACAUUAGCCAUUGAAGAAUAAAUAACCCAGUGAUCCAGCAAGAUGAAGAAAAACAAAUAGAGUUAAUCCCAGACAAUAGCAAGGAAUCAUCUUCGAGACAGGCAGCUUUCUACAAGGAAUGCUGUUGAAAUGCCCCCUACUUUUAUAGUAGUUUUGUUUUAUAUUUUUGAAUUCUUGUAUCAGAUCCAAAGUUCUAUUGUACAGCAAAUGUUCAUAAAAAUCCAUAUUCAGAUUUGUAUUUUAUAAUCCCUUUUCACAGCCAGCACACAGCUGUCCAUUCCAAGGCAGGAACCUGAGGAUUGGUGGAGGGGGAAAAGAGAACCAUUUUCAAUAAAUUACACUCAUUUUCUAAUAAACUACCCCACAUCUUCAAGUUAACCUGUUCUUUGUUCCUUGUGUUUUUCUUUAAUUUUUUUUCUUUUGUUAAAAAAGUAAUUUUAGUAACUAACUCCUUAGAUUGUCGUUUUCUUUUGAGAUUCAUUCAAGCAAUGUCAAAAGAAAUUACAAGUAGGUAGUACCCUUGAAGGAUUUGCUUCUGAUCCAGCAAGUUUAGUAAUUAUUUAAAGAGGAAUAUGAAUAGGUUACAAAGAAUGUUCACUGAAUCACAUUUUAAUAUUUCUUCUUCUUUUUAGCAAAAGUGUGAAGAAACUAAAAUGUAUCUUCACAAGUGACAAAAUGUUUGCACUUUAAUUGUGUUCCCACCAGUAUGGAUCUCUUUCUCUUCCUUUUCACGCUAAGAUAAUUGUGUUUGAUAAGUGCUGGAAACCUUUUUAAUGGUUUAAGUUUUCAUCAUUUACAGAUGCUCACUGGACAUUAAAGAUUCAUUGCACAUAAAUGAAACAAACUUUUUCAAUUUGUGUAAUUUGCAAGGCUGUACAAUGUGUGCUGAUGCAAGCCUUUUUCAGUUCAAGAAAAUAAAUGUUUACAAACACAAA